AUGAGAAGAGAGCUUACGUGCGGCUUUGCAGCUUUUAUAGUAACGGCUGUAGCCUUGGGUACGGAGGUCAGGACCUUGUCGACCAAAACGGCUGACUGCUCUUUCACGUCCUCUUACGACAAGCUUCCAACGUUAACAACAGGCCAGGUUGGAACCUCUUCUGUCAACUGGCAAUCAAACACUAUUGGAGGCACAAUCUUAGCUUCCGAAACCAUUGUAAUAGCAUCGGAGUUGACCUGGGUGCCAACUUUAGGUUUAAUAAUUCAAUCGUCAAGCCAAGGUCCUGCUUCAGAAGCUACUCAGACUGCCCGCUCCUCAUCAACCACCAAAACCUUGCCUUCCGGAACUACAAUCGUACAGGUUCCUGCAUCUGGCUCUGAGAAGUUCAUGCCGGUUUCCUGGCUGUCUGGAAUGUUGGCUGCCUUGGCUCUGAUCAUGUUGGAGCAUUUCCGGGAUGCAUGUGAGGUUGACGUUUUCUGGAGAAUGUCGGCAGACUCAGUUCAAAGAUGCUGA